GAAAGCGCUGCGCAGCCCCGCGCUCCCUCGGAGGCUGGCAGUAUCCCGCGAAUCGCUAUCGGCUUCACACGUACGAUAUACGCUCCUAUCGAACUCCGCCGUUAUUUUAAAAAUACAGCGAAUAACUGUGAAAUAACCAGAAAUCAAUAAUCAGAAAACGUCACCUUAUAUUUCGCUACCUUCCCCAAUCGAUCAUAUCGUGAAUAGCACUAAACAACUCCGUGGUAGAAUCCCUUGCUAGAACCAACUCCGGCAAUCCGGAGGUAGAGAGGUAUAGAAAAGUUGCCAAAGUGUCUCCAAUAAAGUUAUCUGCGAUGGACAGCAACUCGGUGUCGCCUAUGCCCGAACUCGCGCCGAUCGCCGAGUUCGAUAAGUCACCGCCGUCACCGCCAAACGAAGAAGUGCCAAUGGACGACCUGCCGCCUCCUCCCGCUACCAUUUCACAGCCGGAGGGUAACCACAUUAACAAACAACGUAGCCGUUCGUACGACUCCGACGACGAAGAGAGGGGAGCAUGCGAGUGGUGCGAGUACGCCCUGGUGAUCACACUAGCGACCAUUCUGCUGAUCGGGGUGUCCGCGCUGACCGUCUUCUGGAUGGUCUACUACCGCGAGGGCUAUGGCUGGGCCGACGACAUACCGGAGAAACAAUUCAACCUGCACCCGACGCUGUCGAUCGCUGGCUUCAUCACUUUCUGCGGAUUCUCGGUAUUGCUGUUCCGCAUCUGCCGGUGCUUCAGGAGGAUCUAUGUGAAGCUGCUUCACGCGAUAUUCCACGCUCUAGCGUUCCCUUGCAUUGUGAUUAGCUUUCUGGCAGUCCUCGACUUCCACAAUAAGAAAGGCAUCAACAAUUUCUACUCGCUGCAUAGCUGGAUCGGAUUUGUUGCUAUGGGAUUGUUUGGAUUACAGUACGCAGUAGGAUUCUUCAGUUUCCUCCUGCUGCUGAUAUGUAGCAAGGGCACGGCGUCGUUCCGCGCGUCGCUGGUGCCCGUGCACGCUGCGUUCGGCGUGCUCACCUUCGUGCUCGGCGUUUGCGCGUGUCUCACCGGUCUUACUGAGAAGGCUCUUUUCACUCUUGGUAACUCUACAAUCCUGGGAGAGUUCAGGAGCGAGACGUACUCCACGCUGCCGCCAGAGGGCAUUGUUAUCAACGCAAUCGGCAUUUCCGUGGUCGCAGUCGCCAUACUUGUGCUGUACACCGUGCGCGGCACCGGCGGCUACCGCCUGCGCAAAGUCGCGCAACAUCCCAGCUAAAUACUACGACUAUCCGAACCGACUUCUCGUAUAACUGUAUUAUAAUUUAACUGUAUUCCAAUAAGUUUAUCUUUCAGUAUUUACUAUUUAGUAUUUACCACUUGUGUUCCGUUUUCUGGAUUGAUGCUUGUUCAUGGUCAAUAAAUUGUUAGCGUUCGUGAAUUAUGAAUGAGUUAUGACUAUUCAAUAUUGUUAUAGAGGAAUUAUGUAAAUAUUUGUUUGGUCGCUUCUGAUUAAUGAAGAUACGAAAUACAUAAUCGAUGGUGAAUAUUCAAUUAUUAGGAAAAUAUAAUUUUAAAUUAUUAAGCUCAAUUUGUUGACUUUAGGUUAAACAAAUUUUAUCUCAAUGAAAUUAUCUUGCGGUUGUGCGUUGUUCUAUUUAAAAGAUUAUAUACCUUUAUCAUUGUGUAUUAAUUCCGAUAUUAUUUUAUUAUGGACUUUUUAAUUAUUGUAUAAAGCAUGUUUUAAAGGCUCGUUAUCGUUGGCAAAACUAUCGACGAGGUAAUAUAUCUUGUGGAGCGCUACCUAUAUUAAGUUCCGUAUUCAUUUAGGUCCCAAUUAAAACUUCGAUAACAAUAAUAUAAGUAUAAAAUUGUUUAAGUAGGUGUAGGUAUUUGCUGGCCGAAUAGGAUUAAGGGGCGGAGUCCACCAAAACGCAAACAGAUCUCUGGAGUGAACAAAAUAUAUAGGAAACUACAAUUAUUUCUUUCCCGAGCAAUUUAACAUUAAACAAGCAAUUUAGUGGCCAUAUAUUAUUUAGGUACAGAGCUCAGUACCGUUAUAUUUUAUAGGUGUAACGAAUAAGACGCAUAGAAGUAAUAUAAUUUGUAUAUAAUUUUACCCUAAUGGAUGUAAUGUGCGAGUGUUUGAUAGAUGUAGUUUGUGACGGAUUUUUAGCGUAAAUAUUUAUUGAUCGAUAAUGAGUAGUGCGACAUUACAAUAUAACUAGUACCGUAUACAUAUUGCGACUAACCAUAUAAAAUCUAUGCGAAUAUUUCUGACAAUUUUUAAAGUUUUUAACGUAUUGCAUGAUUUCAUAAAACUGCUAUAAAUUUAAAGUUUUAUACGAUAUUUGGAUGUAGUUCUACAAUAUUCUCUAAAAGUAAACGUAUAAGUAAAGUGUUCAGGUUGCCAAAUUCUAUGUAUCGUCUGGUAAUACAUAUUUAAUCAUUAAUUAUAAUAUGUGUAGAUGUUUAAAUAUAACUAUAGGAUAAUGCUCAAUGUAUUUAUACGCGGAGUAAUCAUUAUUCGUUUGUGUAGACGAUUGAGAGAUUUUUCUAUUAUUUGGAACAUUGUUUGUAUUUAAAUUUUUCUAUAUUGCAUUCCAUUUGUGAGUUGGACACUCAAAUAUACAAUCCACACGAAGACUGUAAUCUUAAGUAGAACGUGUAUUAUUGAAUGUUAUAAGUUUUGCUGAGAUGCAGAAUGUUUACAAUUUUUAAAAUAUUUACAAACGAAUAUUUGGAUCCCUUUGCAACAUCGGGGCCAACUUUUGAGACAUUUAGACAUACCUAUUUUGGUUGUUAUUCCAAUUUAUCUAGUUGUCUUUGCAAUAAAACCAAACAUGAAAGUACCUGCUUGUUACGUUGAUAUAAAUAUACAAUAUAAAUAGUUUCAAUAAAUAUUAGCUAAUUAUAAUAGACUCUUAUGUAAAACCAACAGAUAAAUAAUAAAUUCUUAAACGUUGUUUGAAAUUUCCACAACUUGGAUAUAAUUUCGUAACAUUUGUUAUGUUGAUUACAGUUGUAUUGGUUAUUAUGAAUUUUAUCACUGUUUUACAAUUUUUAAAUAUUUAUAUGCAUUCUUAAUGGUACAUUAAAAUACAUAUUGUAUGAA